AGGUCGUCUUCUUCCUCCUGAACUGAUCUCUCUCCUUUCGCGAGCUCCGACCACCGAGACCUCCUCGCCGCCGUCGGCCGCGAUGCAGCAGCGGCGCCCCGCCUCCGGCCGGCCAUCCGGGACGGACGGCUCCGACUUCUCCUACCGCAUGGUCGUCGACUCACGGUACCAGAGAGUUGCAGAUGGCAAAUCCCGCCUCGGCCGCCUCAUCCUCGUGCAGGCUCUGCACCAAGUGGCCGGGGGUGCGCUGCUGUUGCUCGCGCUGUCGAAGGGCGCGGAGAUGAACAAGUUCGCCGUGAUGUCCGUGGCUGCUGGACUGUUGGCCAUUGUGCUGGGAGAAAUAGGACGUAGGCGGACAAUGGCUGUGCUGCUCCGGAUGUACACAAGCUUGUCAUCAAUUGCUGUUGCAUUCUCUGUGGCGUGCAUUAUUCGGUCAGAGUUGUUCUUCAAGAUCACGAAGCAAAAUACAGAGUCCAUAACAAGCCAUGAACUAUUGGAGGUGGUUCGUGUUGCUCUUGGUGUCCUGCUUCAAUUGGUGGUUAUAGCUACAACAACUCGACUUCUGCAAAAUAUGUCUCCUCCCAGGAGAGCUUCAUGAAAAUGUUGUGACAUGGCACUUGUGCUUUACCAUUAGAAACAACUACUCAUUUUUGUACUUGUAGAUUGCAACUUGCAAGAGACUUGUAAUGAAGCGGCAAUUGGUUCACAAAUCCAUGACAACCAUGACUCCAUUCUGCUUCUUCCAUUUGUAGAACUGGACUGGAAACUUGAAAGCAUAGAUUACAUUGCAGUAUCGUCAUGUUGUUUCGCCCAGGCUGUUACUGCUGUCCAGUCCAGUAUAUGGACGCGUGCCUGGUUCUAAAUUGCUCUGUUCAUGACCA